AUGUGUGAUUUGUUCCACGCAUUAGAUAUCUUGGCAUCAACAAGUUCGAUCUGGAACCUUUGUGUGAUCAGCCUCGACAGAUACAUGGCUGGCCAAGAUCCCAUAGGAUAUCGUGAUAAAGUCUCGAAACGACGUAUUUUGAUGGCUAUUUGUGGCGUAUGGAUGAUGUCCGCUUGUUUGUCAUUCCCAGCUAUUAUUUGGUGGCGGACCACAUCACCUCAUUUAUACAUGGCUGGCCAAGAUCCCAUAGGAUAUCGUGAUAAAGUCUCGAAACGACGUAUUUUGAUGGCUAUUUGUGGCGUAUGGAUGAUGUCCGCUUGUUUGUCAUUCCCAGCUAUUAUUUGGUGGCGGACCACAUCACCUCAUUUGUAUGAACAUAAGGUAAAAAAAUUAUUUGCAGAAUUUCGCAUCUUAAUUGUGAUGAGCGAAAAAAGCUUUCGCUGUUGA